CGUUUGGCUGCGUCUACAAAUAAGAAGUGAGAUAGGUUUUAUCUUUAGCAUUGAUAGCGACGUGUCUCUGACAUCAGGUAUUACACAUUUUUAAAAAUGGAAGUCUCAGACGAUAGACGCGACAGAAAACGCGAAAGGUCAAGAUCCAGAGAAAGGAAACCAAAGCGUGCGAGAUCACGAAGUAGAGAAAGGAAGCGAUCAAGAAGUCGUGACAGAGGUAGACACAGAAGCAGGAGCAGAGAGAGAAGGAGCAGGAGUCGGGAUCGCAGCAAACGAAAACACAAAGAAAGCAAGGACAACAAAAAAGACUCAAAAGAUUCAUUAAAGAAAGAGAAAGAAAAAGAAGCAAAGAAAGUUGUGCCAUUAUCAUUAGAAGAACUUCUUGCUAAGAAGAAAGCUGAAGAGGAAGCUCUAAGCAAGCCCAAGUUUCUAACAAAGGAAGAGAGAGCAGCUGAAGCACUAAAGAGAAGACAGGAACAAGUGGAUUUACAGAGGAAAAAACUGGAGGAAGAAAGACAAAAGCAGAAGGAGUUUUUAUCAGCAGGCAAAGAUUCUUAUGGUGAUCGUUACGAUCGAGACCGAGAAAGAGAGAGAGAACGUGAACGAAGAGAGAGACAACGAGAAAGGGAAAGGCAAGAACGGGAACGUGACCGUCGUGGUGAGUCAGGACGGGGAGAGGAUACAGGUGAACGCGUGAAGGUCUUAGAGGGCAAGGAUAAGGAGAAGGAGACUGAGGCUAUUAAGGAACGAUACCUGGGAAUAAUCAAGAAAAAACGUCGCGUACGUCGCCUGAAUGACAGGAAGUUCGUGUUUGACUGGGAUGCAGGAGACGAUACAUCUCAGGAUUAUAACCCAAUCUACAAGGACAAGCAUUCAAUACAAUUUUUUGGUCGUGGCCAGGUGGGAGGUAUUGAUAUGAAGCAACAAAAAAUUGACCAGUCAAAGUUCUAUGGGGACCUUUUAGAAAAAAGAAGGACUGAUGCUGAAAAGGAACAAGAGAAGAAGAGGAUAAAGAAUGUUGCUAAAAAAGAAGCGAAACAGAAAUGGGACGACAGGCACUGGAUGGAGAAAUCAUUAACGGAGAUGGCGGAAAGAGAUUGGCGAAUAUUUAAAGAGGAUUACAAUAUCUCUUGUAAAGGUGGGCGUAUUCCUAACCCAAUCAGGAAGUGGAAAGAGUCCUCACUGCCAACAGAACUCCUAGAUGUCAUUGAUAAAAUUGGAUACAAGGAACCUACACCAAUUCAGAGACAAGCCAUUCCCAUUGGUCUGCAGAACCGUGACAUCAUUGGCAUUGCUGAAACUGGUAGUGGUAAAACUGCUGCCUUCCUCAUUCCUCUACUCAAGUGGAUUCAGUCACUUCCAAAAAUAGUCAGGAUGGAGGAGGCUGACCAAGGUCCCUAUGCUAUUAUUUUGGCUCCCACUCGUGAACUGGCCCAGCAGAUUGAAGAGGAAACUAUGAAGUUUAGUGUGAACUUGGGUUUCCGCACUGUAGCCAUAAUAGGAGGUAUUUCAAGGGAAGAGCAAGGGUUCAAGCUCCGACAGGGAUGCGAGAUUGUUAUAGCCACCCCUGGGCGUCUGAUCGACGUGUUAGAGAAUCGGUACCUUGUUCUCAAUCAGUGUACCUACGUAGUUAUGGAUGAAGCUGAUCGUAUGAUUGACAUGGGUUUCGAGCCUGAUGUACAACGCAUCCUCGAGUACCUACCCGUCACAAACAUGAAGCCUGACACAGAGGAUGCAGAAGAUGAUGAGAAAAUGUUAGAGAACUUCAACACUACCAAAAAAUACAGACAGACAGUCAUGUUUACAGCCACCAUGCCUCCGCCUGUUGAACGGCUAGCCCGUACCUACCUGCGAAGACCAGCUGUCGUGUACAUCGGAUCUGCAGGCCGUCCCACAGAGAGAACGGAACAGGUCAUUCACAUGGUUACCAGUAACCUGAAGAGAAAGAAGUUACUUACCAUCCUGGAACAGGGCAUCGAUCCUCCUAUCAUCAUCUUUGUCAACCAGAAAAAGGGUGCAGAUGUCUUGGCAAAGUCUCUGGAGAAGAUGGGUUACAGUGCUAUCACACUCCAUGGAGGAAAAGGUCAGGAACAGAGAGAGUUCGCUCUAUCUAGUUUGAAGAAUGGGACUAAGGAUAUCCUUGUGGCCACAAAUGUGGCAGGUCGUGGUAUAGACAUCAAAGACGUUUCUAUGGUGAUCAAUUAUGACAUGACCAAGAGUAUAGAAGAUUACACACAUCGUAUUGGUAGAACUGGUCGUGCUGGCAAGAAUGGUAUAGCCGUGACCUUCUUGACUCAGGAAGAUUCUCCAGUAUUCUACGACCUGAAACAGACUAUCUUAGCUAGUCCUAUCUCCACAUGUCCACCAGAACUAGCUAACCAUCCAGAAGCCCAACACAAACCUGGCACUGUUGUACAGAAAAAACGCAAGGACGAGACCAUAUUUCUCACUUAAGCUCCAUUGAAUGGUUCUUGAUUAGGGACUUCAUACAAAAAUUUAUAAGGAAUAUGAAAAGUGAAAAAAAUACAUCUGGAACAUUUAAAGUCAUUUUUCAGAUGUGAAAAUGCAGACAUUUUAUGGCAUUUCAUGGCAAAGUUUAAAAUAAUGAUCCAUGAGGAAAUAUAUGACGUCUACUGGCAGAGAUUACUUAGAAAAUUAAUUUCUCUACCUGGUGGUGACUUUUAUACACAACAUAACAACAUGUAUGUUUCUGUGGACCAAUACAAGCACAUGGUACCAUAUGGUACACAUUUAUAAACAGAAAGGAGUACAGCUCCUGAUCUAGUGUGAUUGUUUAAUGUUGUGGAUGCUGAUUUCUGAUCAGUAAAGACACAGUGCACUGUAAACGCUACUGUGUAGUAAAUGUCUUAAAACAC